AUGCGUAACAAAAUUGAGCGGAUCGGGGCAGAAUGGCUAGAAAUCACCACCACUUUCGGUGUCGAGACAGACAUUGCAUUGCAGAAAAUAAUCUCUAUGCCAUUGGGGAUGGCUCGGCUCUCUCUGGAGCUUACCUGGGUCUUCUUCAAUGACCUUCCCCGCCGCAUUGAGCAGGUUGGUGAGGCACUUGGCCUUCUGCAAGGCCGUAAUCCUAGCCGGCAGAUCAUAUUGAUUGAGGACGUCUUCAACUUGUCUGCCAUGGUAUACAAAUACGGCCGCCCUUUGCCGGGGGGAUUGCUCAAAAUGCCUCACAGCAUCGGCGUUGGGGCUUCGCUGAUGCUUGUUGAGAGCGAAGACACUGCACCGAUCUUUCUCGGCCUUCCUCCAGAUUCCACUACGUCCGGGAAAUUGCGAAACAAAGCACUGAAUGCGUUAUACAAGGAGGGGCCGAUGAAGCCAGUUACGACUGCGUUGAACCAGGCUCUGAGUCAAGCCGGCUGCACUCAUUUCCCUGAGGAAGACUUUUUCACUGCGACCUACACAGCCCACGAUAUAACUAUUCAACUCUGCUCAGAGAGCAUGGAAUAUUUGAGAUCGGACUUACCGUCUUCAAUUCACUUCAUAGGUGUUCUACCACGAAUUGAUACCGGUCUUUUCGAGCAGCCUGGUUGGUGGUCCGAGAUUGAGAGGGCAAGGGCCACUAGAAAUAGCAGGGUCAUCGUCGUCUCGCAAGCGAACGUAAACCACUCUGAUCUUAUUACACCAACUGUAUUGGCGUUCAGCGAUCAAGAUGACGUCAAUGUAAUCGUGAUACUGGGAGAGAACAACAAAAUGAUGACUCACAAUGUUCAGCUGCCGCCGCACGUGCGAAUAGCCAAUUCGCCUGUCGAGGAUCAGAUAUUGAAGUUCGCCGAUGUAUUUGUCUCUAAUUCAGGUUACGGCGCGUUCACCUGCGCCGUUCGUAACGGUGUUCAGAUACUACUAGCUGUUGAAAAGGAGAGGGAACUUGAGGUGAGUAUGCGAGUGGAUUACACCGGGAUAGGCUUUAGUCUAGAGGCACAGAAAGUGACCCCAGAUAAGAUCCGCAAGGCUGCUGAGGAAAUAUUAAAGAACCCAAAGUACAAAACGAAGGCGAUAGAGAUGAAAGAGGAAAACGAUGCACUAAACGCUCUUACAGCAAUCGAGACAAAGGUUAUGGAAUUGACAGGAAAGUAG